UUCGUUUUAGGAUAAGAUGUUUAAAUCUCUAACAGGAAAAUGAAUGGAAAAUGUAACCCACAAACUCUGUUAGCCUCUACUGCAAAUAUUGCUUGUUGAGAGUAAGUCUCCACAUAAGGAGUAGAUAAUUCAGUAUCAAAACAUUUGUUGUUUUCUGGGAUCCAUGUGUCAUUGUAUGUGUAUUUUAUUUGAAUUUUUAACUGCUAAGGACUAAUUUUUAUGAGUGGUCUUCUCUCCAAGUUGGAUUUCUUUUGGGAGCCAUGAUGUAUCUUGUUCCAAAUUCUGUUUUGUGGAAAAGUGAUUGCAUAUUCCCAUUGGACACCAUUUGACCCUCUUAAUCUUGAAGUUGUCAUCCAUGGAUCACACAUCUACCUGAAUUGAUUCAUGUUUGUACCCCAAGAGGUUGAAGGCUUCAGCACCACUUGUUUAACAGAACAAAUAGUCAUAGUUCAAUUAAAGAAGAAAAGCAUGUAUAAGACCAUGUGAUGGAAAGAACAAAAAAUGGUAUGGAUACAAUAAGUUGGUAUAUUCAGUCAUAUACUGAACAGGUUCAGGAAGUAUCAGGUAGAGGUUUAAGAUGUAAUAAUAAGAAUGUCUAUUAUUAACUGAAUGAAAUCUACAAGAGGCCAACAGCAUGACCAUGAUCAAGAUAUUUACAGAAACUAGCUCAGUAAUUCUGGGUCGUGUUAAACCCAUUAGAUCCUAUUUAAAAUUAGUUCCUUUGGUGGGUUCAAGGUCCAGAUAUCAUCCUAUUUCUACAAAACCAGACCUAUUAACUAAAGAAUCUGGUGCAAAAUGUUUUCCAUUUUGUAGAUGAGGUUUUUCAAUCUUUACAGUCAUGAAACAGAACUUUGAGAUUGAUGUGGCACCUGUUUCUGUCCUUAAAACAUUUUUACACUCAUGCAUUAGUCACUCUUUACAACUGCUAGCAUAUGCAGGUCUAAUGGCUCCUAUGUAUUUAUUUGUUUGAGCAAAUCCAAGAUCUAUGAAUAAUUAUCGUAACCUAUUGUCUUAAAUUCUAAAAUACUUUUGCUUUUAUGCUUCCAAAAUUGCCAUAAACUUAUAUUAUCCUACAUACCAAUAUUGUGGGUUAAAUUAGCAAAGAAAUGCACAGAUUUUUUUUGGCUGCAAAAUUAGGUAAUACUGUUUUAGAAAGGUUUCAUCCUUGUUUUAGAGUGUGAGAGGCAUUCUUCAAGUGUACCACUUGUCUCUGGAUCUUUAGUAUAAUGGUAAAUUCUAAGGCCUUAGUCAAUAAGAAUCAUCUUAGUGUUAUUCUCUAUCCUCUAAUAUAUAGAAAAAUCAGAUAAAGGAUAGAACCUUCUUAUGACAAAGUUUCUUGUUCUUCUUCAAUUUAAUGUUAUUGUGCUUCCACUUCUGAUCUGUAACCUGUGUGCUGAUCCUACAUAUCUCCAGAGUGGUAGGGCUAGAUUUACUUGUCUGAAUAAUCUUUUAAAUUCCAUAUUUGUUUCGUCAGAUUUUUAAUUCCAUGUUAGAACAUAGCUUAUUAGCUCCCUUUUUUUGGCAUAUUUCUGGUUGUAGUUUCUGUUCAAUGAUAUAUAUAUAUUUUUCCAUCCAUUACAAUUUACAUCUCUGUUUGAAAAUGUCUUUAACACAUCAUCUUGAUUAUCCUCAGAUAAAGGUUGUGUAUUCACCUUUCAAUGGAAAUUCUGUCUUUGCAUUUGAUUCUUACAACUUGCCUGAAUGGAUGAAUUAUUAUGCAUAAAUAGUACUUUUUUACCUUCCAAGAAAAAUUAAAUAGUAUUUUCCAUUAUUUUUCCCCUUUCAUUUUUCAUUUAUUUCAGCCAUUGCUAUGGACCUAGAUGGCAUUGUAUACAUCCUCUCCAAUCUUGAUGCUAAUAUCAUACUUUCUGUGCUUGAAGUUUUUGCUAUAUGUAAUUGGAUUAAAACUGGAAAUUGAAAUUGCAUAGUUGUCCUCACUCUGUUUAUGUUACAAAACAAUGACAUGGUUGUAAUGUUUCACCAAUCAUCACAGACCUAUUUGAUUGGAUUGUGCUUCUCCAUGGUACCACAAGGCCUGCCAAGUUCUAAUGUCUGCAAAAGCUAUUGGGUUAGAGUGGUUUUGUGGAUGUAUGGUUCAUCAUCAUCAUCCAUGCCUUAUCCCAACUAUAUGGGAUCGACUCGCCAAUCCAUUCUAUUUAAAGUCAUAUCCACUGUUAAUAAUUAUUAGGGCUUAAUAUUGUGGAUGCACGGUUACAUUGGUUUAAAUGCUUUGACUCUAUUCCAGGAAUUUGCAGGUACCGAUGGUGCUGUGAAGUACAUCUUUUGGAUGUGGUCACAUCUAAAUGAUUAAUUAAACCAUUGCAUUUCUCAUGUGGCUAUACUGUCAUUGGUAGUAUCUUUUUAGGCUUUCUAUUCAGGCUUGGGCUAGAAGCUCUGUAGCUAAGAGACAUCCCACAUGAAGAUACAUAUCAAGUUCACUCAAACGAGUCAAUGAGUGCCUGAAUGGUAAAAGUCAACUCAGAAAAUUAAAGAGUAUUAUUAAAUUCUAAUUGAGUAGUUGAGUUGAGUGAAAACAAGUUUUGGGUCGACCAAUGAGUUCUGAACUGCAACACAAGUCCUUAUUGCAGAAAACAUAAUUUCUAUUCUUCCUUUCGGUAGGUUUUCUUGUUGAAACAUCGAUAGGGAUAGAUGCUCUGAUCAGAACUUAGAACUCACAGAAGAAAAUUCUUUUAUAUUUCUUGGUUAAUUGGAGAAAUAGUAUUGUUCUGUUUUUUCUACGUUGAAGAAUAGUACUUUGUUUGGAAUAGGAUGGAAAUGGAGGCUCAGGAGAGGUGGGGAGUGAGAUUUUGCACCCCAUUUUGACGAAGUUUUGGGUUAAUUUCAUCGCAGAAUCUGCUUCUAUUCGUAGGGUGCAACUUGGGCGGGCCGAACCCAAGCCUGGACUAGCCCAACCUGCAAUUUUACUUGGGCUGGGCCUGGGUCCAGAACUUUGGGUUUUCACAUACAUAGAUUGCAUACAUAAAAACAUACAUACACACAUGUUUGUCAAAUUUCAUUGCAGACCAGACCUGGGUUGAACAAAUUGGGUCUUGAUCUUGGGCUCAGUCUGGGCUUGGGCCUUAGACCCAAUUUUUUAGGAUUGGGCCUACAUAGACCUUAAACAUGGCCCAGCCCGCCUACCCGACUUGCACUUGCAACCCUAUCCAUUAAUAUUUGUGCAUCCAGAGUCUGUAACCUGUAAUCCAAAGAUUCCAAACGCAUCUCUCUCUCUCUCUCUCUGGUUAAUGGCCAAGGCGUAAAAUUAAUACUCAGGCAGGUUUGGUCCAUCUACACCGUCUCAGAUUGGACUCCUACAGAUCACAGUCCUAGAAGAUGGACUUUAGGCUAUCCGUUGUACAUAAAGCACAUGUGAACGUGAAGAAGUCCUUUACUGAGCUCACGAGAUUUCCCCCUCCCCUUCCUCAGUCUUUAGCUUAAAGAGAGAUGUCGACUGAUUCCAGCACUUUUUUAGUUUUUACGGUGGAGCGAUUACUUGGUGGCCGUUUGAUAUAACAGCCAUGUGGUUGGGCUCAAUCUGAGUGCUCCACUCCUUCGUCUUUUAAUCAAUAAAUCAUUCAUUCAGUCCAACAGUUAAGCUGAGCACUUAACUGUAAUAACGGCUCAAGUCCGCUACCUGUCACUAGAGGAGAGUAGUUCACAGCCUCAGCCUAAGACCAUCUUUGUCAACUGUAAGCUGAAACUUCCAUACUUGAGAGAGACGGCUUUAAAAGCCUGUAACAAGUAAGACCAUCUUUGGCUCUCUUUCGCCAUAAAACUUAAAAGAGCAGAGCAGCUCACCUUCACGAGCUCACCUUUAGAGAUACAACUGUAUGCCUUUAACGGCCUAUCACAUUCACAUAUUCAUGGCUCUUCUUUCUCAGUCCUUCACAAGAAAAGUGACUAGAAAUUAACAUUCCCAAUCUGUCCUUCUUCUUCAUUUAAAGCUCCAAAUUUCUCAGUGAAACCCGUCCCAACAAUCCAUUUGUAUUCUGAAGAGAGAAACUAAGUUUAGAACCCACGCAUCCAUGGCUCAAGACAACAUGGAACCUCGACAGCAGACUCAAUACCCUCUCAACCCGAGCUCCUACAAAAUAUUUGCAGUGAUUGGAGAUGGGGUAAGUGCAAUUGUCUACAAAGCUUCCUGUCUGCCCAUGAACUCAUCCACUGUGGCAAUCAAGGCAAUUGAUCUUGAUCGAUCCAAGGCCGACUUUGAUGAUAUAAGAAGGGAAGCCAAAACUAUGUCCCUACUCUCUCACCCAAACAUCCUAGGAGCCCAUUGUUCAUUCACAGUUGAUCGUCGUCUAUGGGUGGUGAUGCCCUUCAUGUCUGGUGGGUCUCUUCAAUCUCUCAUGUCUACAUCUUUUCCUGAUGGUUUGCCUGAGCCUUGCAUAGCUAUUGUUCUAAGAGAAACCCUUAAUGCUCUCAUGUAUCUCCAUGGACAAGGCCAGCUCCAUCGAGAUAUCAAAGCUGGUAACAUCCUUGUUGAUUCAGAUGGUUCAGUUAAGCUCGGUGACUUUGGUGUCUCUGCUUCAAUCUAUGAACCUAGUCCAUCUUGCUCAUUGCCAUCUUCUUUAAAAUUCAACGAUGUGGCAGGUACUCCUUAUUGGAUGGCACCAGAAGUGAUACAUUCACAUAAUGGGUACAGUUUCAAGGCUGAUAUUUGGUCAUUUGGGAUUACUGCUUUAGAGCUUGGACACGGUCGACCUCCUUUGUCUCAUCUUCCACCUUGGAAGUCUCUGAUGAUGAGAUUCACCAACCGAUUCCGGGAUUAUGAAAAGAACAAGAGCUACGAGACAGAUAAAAAUAAAAAGUUCUCAAAGAAUUUCAAGGAGAUGAUCAAGGCUUGUCUGAACCAAGAUCCAUCCAAGAGACCCACUGCAGAAAAAUUGUUGAAACAUCCAUUCUUCAAGAACUGCAAGAGCUCAGACUUCCUCAUCAAGAACCUGUUGCAAGGAUUGCCAACAGUUGAGGAGAGGUAUAAGAAAAUUAAACAAGAUCAUCCUCCACCAAUCAUCUACUUUGAGGAAACCCACCAUGAAGAGUAUACUGAAGAAUCCAAGCAUAGGAGGAUAAGUGGGUGGAACUUCAAUGAGGAAGUCUUAGAGUUUGAUCCUAUUUUCCCCACUGAGAAAGAAGAAAGUUCCUCUCAGUCUCAAACUGCAAAUGAAGACUCUAUUGUCAAGCGAGUACAGUUUGGUGGAAAACUAAUCAUCAAUGAACAUGAUCUAUCUCCAACACCUUCAACUCAGAUUAAGGAUGAAACUGACGAUGAACAUGCCAAACAGAGUGAGGUUACAGUUGCAGAUAACAAAGAGAUCAAUGAGACCAUUUUGACCACAUCAAGCAAUAUUAAUCUUGACUCUGGUAAACAUGAAGGCAAAGUAAUCAACCAUGGAAUUCAACAAGGUAAAGCUGAACCUAUCUAUGGUGAUUUAGGUAAACAAUUGAACAUCCAACAAAUGGAAAUCAAUGGAAGUUUUAAUCCAGCAUGUCUACAUGAAGGACCAACAAAGUUGAAUUGGCCUACCUUAGUUAGUGGACUGGAAUUCCUUCAACAAAGUUUGGAUGAGGAAAGGGAUAUGGUUACGGCUGUGGUGGAUAGAAUUCGUAUAGAGGGAAUUGGGUUUGGUGCCAGUCAUGAAGAACACUGCAACUGGCUAAGAAGGGAACUCGAGGCAGCAAAGAAGAGGGUCAGCUUCCUGGAAGAGCAAUUAGAAAGAUUGACUACAAUCCAGCCUGCCAGCCCCAACUCCAACAACAACACUAGUAGAAGCAAUGGCAACGGUGCAAAGUAGCCUCAGUAAGCAUGGAAAUUUUUUCUUUUAUUUUCUUCAUCAUCAUCUAAGCUGUCUUAACUAUAUGGGGUUAGUUACAUGAAUCCUGUUUCACCAUUCUGUUCUGUCCAAGUCCAUGUCGAUUGUCAAAUUGUGAGUACUUAAAUCAUUUCUUACCAUUUCAACCUAU